AUGGGACACAAACACAAACAAUCAGAGCCCUAUGUAUUGGACUUCCGCUACACCCUACUUCCAGAGAUAUCGGAGAAAUCCUGUAGAGAUCACAGGCACAGAAGAUCAUGGCUAACGACUACCACUGAAAGGGUGGACUCCAUAGAGGACCAACCGAGGCUAUACAAACUGAAGAUCUGGGGCAUCCUGGACUUGGUAGGCCUUCCUGAUGUGCCUCACUAUAUCCGACAGCUAAUAGCCCAACCAUCAAAGCAAGCCAAUGCAGUGAAGCUCGACGCUAUGUUCCGCUUGCCGAAAACCAAGGACAACAUCUGUGAGCGCACACUCUGA